AGGCCGGCCCCCUAGUAGGAAAUGAGGCAGAGUAGGAAUAACACUUUAAAAGCCUAACACCCUCUUCCUCCUGACAUUCCCUGGCCUCUUUCCAUCCUCUGCUGAACCUCUGUCUGUUCCCAGACAGCCUCACUUCUUUCCCCCCGGCUGCAGCCAGCGGAACCCCCAGCCUGACCCCGACGGGAGCCCAGGGGGGGAUCAAGAACUUCAGGAUGCUGACAACAUUGCUGCCGCUACUACUGCUGCCUGACUGGGUCUUUUGUAGCCAGGAAGCCUCACAGGCCGCCAGCUCCAACGCCAGUGUCCCUGACGCGCUGACGCUGCUCCCAGGCCCACAGAGCCUCCACAUGCUCCAGAUCUCCUACUUCCGUGACCCCUAUCACGUGUGGUACCGGGGCAACGCGUCGCUGGGUGGACAGCUGACACACACGCUGGAAGGCCCGGGCAACAACGUCACGAUCCUCCAACUGCAGCCUUUGGAGAAUUCCGAGAGCUGGGAGCGCACGAAAAGCAGCCUGCAGCUCUACCUGAGCCAGUUUCAUGGCCUCGUGCAACUGGUGCAUCGGGAACGUGAGCAAGGCGUGACCUUUCCUCUCAUUGUCACCUGCUUCCUGGGCUGUGAGCUGCCUCCCGAGCAGGAUUCAAAGGCCCGAGUCUUCUUUGAAGUGGCUGUGAAUGGAAGCUCCUUUGUGAUUUUUAAGCCAGAGAAAGCCCUGUGGGUGGCAGCCCCCCAGGAACCCUCCAGAGUGGUCACCUUUACCCUGAAGCAGCUCAAUGCCUACAAUCGCACUCGAUAUGAACUGCAGGAAUUCCUACAGGAUACCUGUGUACAGUAUGUGCAGCAACACAAACAGAUCUCAACAGAUAAUUCCAAAGGGAGUCAAAGAGGCCGCUCCUACACUUCACUGGUCCUGGGUGUCCUGGUGGGCAGUUUCAUCAUUGCUGGCGUGGCUGUGGGCAUCUUCCUAUGCACAGGUGGACGGCGAUGUUAAUUACGCUCCAACUGCCUCUGAGAAAGAAAUAGAUUGAUGAGGACUGGCAAGAGAAGGUUUCAGUCACAUGAAGUCAGACAGACUCUCCAACUGGGACACAAUAUCCCAGAAGGUUUGGAGUGACAGUUUCUUUCUUCUCUAAGAUCUGCCCACCAAGGGACAUGGAGAGGCUAGGGAGAUAAAGUACUUGGUUUGUUAAGAACCUUAGAAGUGCUGAAGAGAAGGGGGUGGCAGGGAAAGAACCUAACAACUUUCCGCAUCAUUGAAUUGGUCUGAAAAAUGAGUGCUUAUCUAUCUUUGUGGAAAACAGAUGAUGGAGUUGGGGCAGGGAGUGUCUAUGGCCCAUCCUCCAAAGAGAGAUAGAAUUGCCUGAGGUAUUCAAAACACGAAACCAAAUAAAACAAGUUGUCCACAACCAAAAUAAAUAACAUUCAAUGUCUCCAGGUGUGUCCGACUUGGGAAGGGACAUUGGUAUGAAAGGAGUAGAAGAAAAUAACCAGAAAAAUGGUGGAAGUGUAAAAUCCAAGUAAUAUGGAAACAAUGAGUUAUUAAUUAAUCAAUUAAAUAAUAUUAAUAAAUUUCUUGCUUGUGUAUAAGACAUAAUUUCCCCCCUAUUUUAUAAAAAUUCUGGAAUAGUGGACCAUAUACCCUUGCUCCCACUUCCUUAUCUCCCUCUCCUCAACCCACUUUGUAUUCUGGCUUCUUCUAUGAACUGCAGUAAGAUCAUUAGUAGCCUAUAAUUGUCAAAUUCUCAUUCUCCAUGAUAUCUGCAACAUUUAACUGUAUGAAUUAGAGACCUCCUUUUUUUACUUUAACUUAGAAGAUACCACACUUCUAAUUUAUAAAAGCUGUUCUGGUCACUCUUUUUCAAUCUCUUUGAUGUUGUCAUCUUACUCAAUUCACUCUGGACAACGUUGGCUUCCUUAGAAUGCCACUUUUUGACUUCGCUUGUUCACCUUAAAACUAUACCCUUCCUGAGUGACCUCAAAUGCCAUCUAUCUGUGGCUUCAAAUACCAUCUAUCUGUGGUGUGGUUUCCAUGGAAAAGCUAUAUUUUCUUUAGGAGCAUGUGUUUUGUCAUCAGACUUAAGGUUUUUGACCCAAGCAUUUAACUUCUUCAAGUAUCAGUUUCUUCAUUCAUAAAAGGUAUAAUAAAAUAUACAGAAAGAUUGUAAGAAAAAUAAUUCCUACCUCAUAGAGGCAUUGUAAGUAUUAAAUAAUGUAUGUAGCAUAUAUAUUGUUGAUAAAUAUAGCAAUGGCUAUAGACCUUCAAACCUCCCAUUUGCCCUGAUUCUUGAAAAUCAUCUUUACCUUAAUAUUUUAUAGGCAUUUCAGAGUCAAUGAUUUUAAAUUAAAUUUAUUAACUUUUUGCCCAAACUUGUUCUCUUUCUCUCUCUUCUGCUGUUUACUGUUAGUAGGUAAUAUAAUCAAAUCAUAUAAAUGUAGAGACCUCAGUGUUAACCUUUAUUUACUCUCUCUUCUUUAUCCCCAUCUACAAAACCACAGAAUCUGUAGAAUCCAUGCCCUCCUUUUCACCCCAGUGCUAUUUUCUUUUAAAUAUUUAUUUUUUAGUUGUACCUUUAUUUUUACUUAUUUAUUUUUAUGUGGUGCUGAGACUUGAACCCAGGGCCUCGUACAUGCUAGGCAAGUGCUGUACCGCCAAGCCACAACCCCAGCCCCACCCCAGUGCUUUUGUUCAAGAUAUCAUAAUUCUGUCUCUGUGCCAGGCACAGGAGUGUGCCACCUGGUUCAACCUCCAAUGAAGACUUGCUAUUCACCCUCAGGGAGUAUAGCCAGCAGGGUGCCUCCUGCUGCUUUGGUGUAGCUGCUUUGUAGCUGCCUCAGCUACAAAGAAUAGUCCUGAAAGAGAUCAUGCCCAUCCUGGGGCUGCCCUCAUCUGGCGACUGAGCAAGGAAGGCAUGGGUAUAAAGGUUAGCCAUUUGGGCCAACUGCAGGACAACUUUGAUGAGCAGUAUUCACUCCAGAGUUCUCUGCCAGGUUGGCUGGGUCUUUGUUGGAUCUACAAUGCAGUUUAAGCUUCUCCAUCAGCUCAAUCCUGCUCCUUGUCCUUGGAAAACAUAUUGUCUCUCAAACCCUCAGUUUCUGUUUCCAGUAAACUCAAUGUGCUUAUGCACGAGCGCACACAGGUGCAUGGACCUCCCUCUUUCUCUUUAUCUCUCCCUCUCCCUCUGUCUCUCAAAAUUUUCUCAAUAUGUUGCCCAGACAAUGUUGAUACCCUCAUCCUAGGUUUUCUCCUUGUCUCUAGUUUCUCUGUUCUAAUGCAUCUUUCACAUGGCAACAAAAAAACACAGAUCUGAUGUCAUUGAAAAAAAAUUUCCCAUGCUUAUUGACUUAAUUUCAAAAUCCUCAAAUGACAUUCAAUCCCUGGCAUAAUUGGGCCCCAACUCAAUUUCUUAAUUUUCUUUUAUUUUUUAAUAUUUUUUUAGUUGUAGAUGAACAUAAUACCUUUAUUUAAUUAAUUUAUUUUUUAGUGUGGCGCUAAGGAUAGAACCCAGUGCCUCACACGUGCUAGGCAAGCGCUCUACCACUGAGCCACAACCCCAUCCCCCACCCCCCAGUUUAAUUUUAUUUUCUACCAUUUCACUUUACCCAAAUGUGUUCUCAGUUAUUUAUUUAUUUUUUAAAAUAUUUUAUUUUUUAGUUAUAUUUGGACACAAUACCUUUAUUUUGUUUAUUUAUUUUUAUGUGGUGCUAAGGAUCGAACCCAGGGCCUUGCACGUGCUAGGUGAGCACUCUAUCUCUGAGCCACAACCCCAGCCCCCUCAGUUAUUUAUUUUAAAAGCAUAUUUCUUUUUCUUUCCUUUUUUUUUUUUUUUGGUACUGGGGAGAUUGAACUCAGAGGCACUUGACCACUGAGCCACAUCCCCAGCCCUAUUUUGUAUUUUAUUUAGAGACAAGGUCUCACUGAUUUCCUUAGUGCCUCACUAAGUUGCUAAAGCUGGCUUUGAACUCGUGAUCCUCCUGUCUGAGCCUUCCGAGCCGUUGGGAUUACAGGCAUGAGCCACCGUGCCCAGCAAAAGCAUAUUUCUAAGUGGAAAAAAUAAUACAGCAGUAAUGAUACAGUUUACAAAUAAAGAAGAAAAAAAAAACGGAAAGUCCCCUAUUUUCUGUUUCUCCUCAAAUCCUUACCCCAGAAGUAUGCUAAGACGCUUAGUUAAAAGCAACAGAAACCAACUUUACAAACUUAAGAGUAAAUAAGUAUUUUGAAAGGUUAUCAAGUAAUCCUCAGAGCUGAUGGGAAGAUCAGCUAAUCAACCUCAGAAAAUAGAAUCAGGGAUCACAACCAUGCCAGAAGACUAGUCUAGUUAUGGAUACUACAGCGGGAAUCACUGCCUCCCUCACCAAUGCCUGCUGCCAUCUUAAUGAGUUCUCCUCUGUCCCCUUUGCCUUCACAUCAUUUGUUAAAGAUUCAAAGUCCUAAGUUGGAAUGUCCAAAUGACCACUCCUAUAUCAUGUUGCCUGUGCCUUAGCAAUAAGGUGGGGUGGAGAGUAACAUUGGCUUCUCUUGUGGGAAGUGGGACCCUGUCUCCCAUUAAGACUCACACAGAAAGCCUGGUGUUGGGGCACAUACCUAUAAUGCCAGCACCUUGGGAGGUUGAAGCAGAAAGAUCACAAAUUUGAGGCCAGCCUUAGCAACUUAGCAAGGCCCUAAGCAAUUUAAUAAGACCCUGUCUCAAAAUAUAAAAACAGAUGGGGAUGUGACUCGGUGGUUAAGUGCCCCUGGGUGCAAUCCCCAGCACCAUAAAAAAAAAAAAAAAGUUGUGGGGACAGGAAUGGUGUUGCACACUUGUAAUCCCUGUGGCUCAGGAGGCUAAGGCAGGAGGCUCGUGUUCAAAGCCAGCCUCAGCAACUUAGUGAGACCCUGUCUCAAAAUAAAUAAAAAAUAAGAGGAUCUGGGGAAUGUGGCUCAGUGGUUAAGUUCCCCAGAUUUGAUCUCUGAUACCAAAAAAAAAAAAAAAACAAAAACAGGAGAGCACCCCUGAGUUCAAUCUCCAGUAAAAAUCAAUCAAUCAAUCUUACACAGAUAAAGAAGCUUCAAGUGCUGGGCAACCAAAAAACAACAACAAAUAAAAACAAAACAGAGCUGGGGAUAUAGCUCAGUUGGUAGAGUGCUUGCCUUGCAUGCACAAGGCCCUGGGUUCAAUCCCCAGCAUCACACACACAAACACAAAAAGUAAACAAACCUCUGAGUGUAUUUACACUCCCAUCAGUUGUGUAUUUACACAUUCAGUAAAUGUUUAUGAGUAACAAGUUUGUAUUAUGUAUGUUGGAAACAAAAUGAUUAGGCUCUGGUCCUCAGGUACCUCAUCUGGUGGUUCAUCUGAGUUGGGAAGAUAAAACAUACAAAUAAAAACAAUACAAGGACAGGAUGUCCUAAUAGGAUACAGGAUCUAGGUUAUACAGAAAAAUACAAUUUUUCUAAUAACUGGAAAAAAUGUACAAAUAAAAUGUUAUGUUGUUAUUUA